UUUUCGUUUUGUGGCACAGUAAGCGGCGGUCCUAAUGUGUAAUUCUCGUAAUAUCUUGAGUUUGUUAUCAUUGUAAAACGUUUGUUAAGAAUAGUGUACCCGUUUAAUGUGACCUGGAAAAACGUGACAGUUGUAGUGUUCAAAGUUAACACCAAAGUAAAGAUAAAUUGUUGACUUCCUUGGGUGGAGAGGGUGAGUAGUGAUGCAGACGAGGUAGCUGGGAGGUGGACGCAGCCAUGCCGCUGCCGAAGCGCUGCGUGGAGCCGGUGCACGUGUCCCGGGGCACGGUACCGGAGCGGCUCUCGGUACCUUCGGAACUGGAGGCCGUCACCAAUGGCACCCUUGCGAACACUGUCAGACAACUCUCUUCCCUCUCCAAGCAUGCUGAGGACAUGUUUGGUGAAUUGACCCGGGAGGCCACGAACCUGGCGGACAGAACUAAUGUGCUCCAAGCAAGGAUAGACAGGCUCGCUAUAAAGGUGACGCAACUCGAUUCUGGUGUUGAAGAAGUGUCCAUCCAAGACAUCCAGAUGCGUAAGGCCUUCCGUUCGUCUCGUUCGUUCGAGCAACAGCUGUUCUCGCGCAACACGAUGCCGUCCGCGAUGCUGGCGACGUACGCCAAGUGCGACCGGCCGCCGCCCCUCGAGCGCCUCAACGAGUUCAGAGACGACGGCAGGGACGCGAGGAAGUUCUACACGGACCCCGAUUACUUCUUCGAGCUGUGGCGAAGGGAAAUGUUGCAAGACACGGAACGAAUUCAGCACGAUAGAGGGAAGAAGGUGCGUCAGCCCCGCAGCGGCGGCGCGGAGGGUCGGGGGGCGCGGCGCGUGCGGCCGCCGCACUCCACGCGCGACCGGCACCGCGAGGCCGCGCUCAACCGCGGCGAGCACAUCAUGCCGCACACCUCGCCCACCGACCGCCGCGCCGACACCCUCUACCACGCAACAAACGUUCCCGACGGUAUUUAUGGCACUUCAAUUAAUCGAUCGAUGUCCACACAACCGGCUAGACCGAACUCUAUAGAAAUUGAGAACCAGCAGAACAACAGAACGAGAUUGACUGGUAACGGACAUGCUGUAAUGCCGGAGGAGAGUCCGUACGGUUCGGUGUCGGAGCCGAUCUACGUGUCGGUGGCGGGCGGCGCCGGCACGCCUCGCCGCGCGCGCCCGUCCGUGCCGCCCCCCGCGCCGCCCGCCCUCUCCGCCGCGCUCGCCGCCGCCGCGCCGCCGCCCCCGCAGCCGCUCGCGUCGCCCUCCGCCCUGAACACGCCUACUAGGUCUACGUUACCGCCACCCCCACCGCCGCCCGAGACUAACGCGCCGCUACACAACGGAGCCUCCCCGCCGCACCGCACCGCGCUGGACGCCCAUCUCGACCACAUGCACGCUGUCAUCGGCAUGAUGUCGUCAGAGGAGAGUGCUACAUCAUGCGUGCCCCCGCCCCCAGCACCUCCCGCCCCGCCCGCCCCCCCGGCGCCUCCAGAGGACCGACCCCGCGCACCCUCUCCGGCUUCUCUGCUGCGUGGCGCCUCCGCCCUCAAGCCGCCACGAGACCAACCAGAACCGCCGCCCGAUCCGCGCUCUGAUCUACUAAAGGCCAUACGUGAUGGUAUAAAACUGAGGAAAGUGGAGAAGCGGUGCGACGAGACGACAGGACGGUACGAUACAUUGCGGGGCGCGCCGCCGCUACUGGACGUGGCGUCGAUACUGGCGCGGCGGGUGGCGGUCGAGCUGAGCGACUCCAGCUCCGGCGAGUCGGACUCCGAGGAGGACUCGGACCAGUGGACGGAGCCUCGGGCGUGACGUCGCGCCUCGCCCCGGGACCCCUGCCGAGUGUCUCGGAACCCAUCGUUUCUGAGUCGCGAUAUAGAGGCGCGCCGCUCGACCGACUCUCCGUCUAUGCCCACGAAAACCGUAUCCCCGCCGGAAUUUACGACCCCAAAUAAGGAAUCCUCGCCACCCAAAACUCCUGUCCUUUCUCGAGAAGUUCCACGUUCUAUUCUUCAAACUUCGUCUCCUCCAAAAAAAGGUUCUAUUAAACUUACAUCGUUAGCUACGAGUCAAAUCGUAAAAAAGCCAUCUCCUGCUGUAUUUGAACGCUCAUCUUCAAUAAAGAAAACUGUUGAAUCGAAAACGUCGAAUUCACCUGUUGUUCCGUUGCCGUUGCCCAAAACUAAAACAAAUGAGAGUACCUCAGCUUUGAAAAGCUCUCCGUCACCGCCCGACGAUCUGCCACCUCCACCAAUAGAACUCGUCAAUCUAGAAACAGUUACAUCUCCACCUCUUCAACUAAAAUCGAAUGAAAGUCAAUCAAAAAGUGAUCGGAACAUGCAUGCCAAAACGCUAAAAAGGGAUGAUUCUAUCGUUCGUGAAAUUCCUCCAAAAAUCGAAAAAUUGACGCUUGUUGCACCCGAAAUAGAACAGAAUAAGACUGAGACUAGACCCGUAAAUGAAAGCACAAAUGAAUCAAAGGAAGAGGAGUCUAAUGGAGUUGGUGAUAAGAUUAAGAAAUUUGAGAAAGCAGCAGAGGAAGCGACCGUUGGACGUCUAUCCCGACCGGGGUCCAUGCGCCGGCCCCGCGUUUCUCGUCUAUCCUCUGAUGCAAAAGAUGAGUCUCCAUCUGUUAGCUCGCCUGCUCCUCAAUCGGAUCGAAUCAACUUUGUCUCUUCGCGGUGGCAACCCACAAACGGAGACCGGCCUCGGCCCGAACCCCAGAAAAUAAUAAAGCCAGAAUUCCGUCAGACCGCAGUGACCUCUGAAAUCACCAUUCGAUCACCGAGUCUCGGUGCGAAAAUUGCUGAUCGUUUCCCAUCCCGCGAUACUGCUUUUCGCAACGUCGCAGGGCCUGACGGAAAUCGUACUCGCGAUCAAUCUGAUGAUGAUACGGAGGCUCGCUCCAAAACGUCGGUCCAGAGGCGAGAUACUCGCCAUUCGGUAAGCAAGGGGUCCAGUUAUUUCACGCGCGGAUCAGAGGAGAUCUGGCUCGUUAAAAAGAAAGAUAUCGAGGAAAUCGAAGAACGAGUUUUCGAUUCAUUUCGGCGAGCAGGGGCGUGUGUGCGCAACGAGGGACCGGUGCAGGGUGCUGCAGCGCAGGGUUGUACCGGGCAGGGCGGCGCGGCUCAGGGCUGUGCGGUACAGGGCGGCACAAUGCGGCCGCGACGUCACGCCUACGGCCGCAGCGAGUCCCUGGAGGCGCACUGGGCGGGCACACGUGCCCACACGCUCAAGCGCCAGGCGUCAGUGGCAUGCACGUGCGGCCACGACCGUAAGCCGCGACCUCGUGCGACGCCCGACACGCCCGUGCGGACCCGCUCCCGCUCUCACGGCGACGAAAACAAUCAGUCGCAGGUUCUUGACAAGUAUGAAACACUUGUGUAGCUGACUCCGUACUGAUGUUCGUGUGAUCGAAUGUGUAUCGGCCUUGUGAAAUUAUUGAAAACUUCUAGUCUACGGUGGUUUGUUUUCGAUGAGACUGAGAUGGAUGCGGGAUGGAGAGCGAUGUCAUUUGGGCAAUGUUUAUUUACAAUGAAUAUUUAUUCAAUGCAAUGCAAUGAAUAUUUACUCAUGUAUUGGUGGGAUAUCCAGUGUAAAAAUAUUCAUUCCUAAACUAUUUUGUACGGUUAACAUGAUAGUACGCAUAUUUACUUCAAAUUGUGGCUUCUAGUUAAAUUUAGAUGAAAUUAUAUUAUCUAUUCGAAAUAAUCCGCGGCUGUUGUUAGUUUGACGACAUCUUGUGUAAUUUAUAAUGUUUAAUGAAACCAAAAAUCUUUAUUGAAUUUCUAAUAGUGACCAGAAUAUGUUCAAGGAGAAAAUGCUUUCUAACAAUUUUAAGGGUGUGUCUAUAAUAACUUUAAAAUUUUAUUUUCUAAAUAAUUGAUUUAAUUGUCAAGCGUGAGUCAAUUAAUGAUUUCCCUAUGAUCAUUCAUUUGAUCAAUCAUCAUGAAUGUGCAGUUUUGUCACUAUAAAAUUAUACGUAUAUCAUAUUGGAGAAGCCCUGAGCACAAGAUAUUGGUGCUUUGCUUGUUAGUUUAGGAAUUCAUAUAGCAAAGAAGUUUUGCAAGAUAUCAAAUCAUAUAAAUUUUUAUACUUUUAGUAGUAAAAUGCCCAUGCUUUAAUUGAAACAGGAAAAUUUUUGCUAGUCGAUUACUUGUGUAUUCGAUGCGUUUAUAAAUUUACUUAUGAAUACUCCAUUUAACCAUUUUUCCAUGUUUAAUGCAUUUGUUAUAAUAUUUUAUAAGGCAAUAAAUUAUUGACUGUGUGUCCGCUUACAAGAUAGUUCCAUGAAUUUUUUCAAAUGUAUAGUGCCAAUAAUCAUGUCGAAGUAUUUAAAUUGUAAGGCAUCCAAAAAUUCUUCCAUUCUUUAAUUUUUAAUAAAACUUACAAAAUGGUAGAAACAGAUGAUGAUGUUCCUUAAAAAAACUCGAAAGGAAGUGGCAAAAAACUGAAUUUUUUUGUUUAAAAAAAAAAAAACAUUCCCUUUCCUUCAUUUCCAAGCGGUUGUUAAUACUGUGUUUAAGUGUUAUAAUGAGCAACGAAUGUGUACCAAAUUGUUUAAACUAACUGUAAUGUUGUACCUAGCUAGACGUAAGUUCGAAUUUUGUACCUACUCAUAAUACAUUUCAUUUAAGCUAAAUUUAUACAAUUGUGUAUUAAUAAUAGAAAUUAUGUUCUUUUGACAUUUACAAAAUGAUUUUUAUUUAAUUUUCGCAUUGUGGAUUAGUUUUCAAUUUUCACAAAUCAUCUCUUCAUCCGACAUCAUUCAAUUAGUUACCUACGUUGCGUAAAAAUUCUAAGUGCACCACGUAGGUACUAGUUUGUAUGUAAAUGAGAAGAAACGUGUAUGAAAUGUAAUUAUAGGUUUAAGAAAAAUGAAUAAAGCAUGUUUUAUAUUAAAAAUAUUAUGUAAAUGCCUCAUCACUUUGCCCAGAUGUGGAAAACUACUAAUUAUUUAUUUGCAACAUUUUUUUAAAAUAUUAUUUUACUUUUUAAUGUAAAACAUAAAAUAGUUAUGUGCAGUAAAUUCUUAAUACGGAUGGUGUCAAAGUCACGGCGCCAAUUGUGUUCCAAGUUUUUGACAAUAUUUUAGAUAUGAAUUGAAAUGUUUGCUCCAUUACUCUGGGCCGCGAGGGUAUGUACCGUAUCCCCAGAUAAAUUUCACUUAUGAGAAUGUUUUAUAAAUUGUUUAUUUGCUAAUACAGUGUAAGUUAUA